AUGGAUCUGAAAUAUUUGGAACCCGGGAGUGAACCAGAAAGGCUCAAAGUUCCAGAACUGAGGCGUAUCCUCACGGAGAAUGACGUGGAGUACUCUCCUAACGCCAAAAAGAAGGCACUUGUAGCGAUGUACCACGAGUUUAUUGACCCGUUGCUACCAAGUCUGAGGGAAAAGUUCCAGUUUAGUGACAGUUCCAGUGGUACCAAGAAGAGGAAAAGAAGGUCAGUGAGUCGUGAUGUUACAGAGGAAUCGGAUGAUAGUGACGGGUCGCUGUCGUCAGCGUCUUCUGUGGAUGAUGCUAUCUUGGAGAGGUUACGCAGACCCUUAGAGACACCACAGAAGAAGAAACAGAGAGUCAUAUCGUCGGAUGAAAGUGUACACAAAGGCGUGCAAAGAACCCCCAUCGUGGAUAAACUCAACGGUAAGGAACCCGUGAGAACACCACAAAAGUCUGUCAAGAUCACGGAAUUUGGCACAUCGUCGUCAGAAGAGAGUGAUAAUGACACACACUCUAGUUUAACAAGAAGUCUGAACAGCCAGGGAUCGAAGAGUUCCAACCAGGCGGGGGUCAAGUACGAUUUUUCUUACAAGAGAAGAACUUUGUCUCCGGAUCUAAACAAACUGAAGAUUUCUCCAGCGUUUGCCAAACAACUCAAAAAUACCCGUAGUAGAAGCAGCGGUGACUCCACUAGGGAAUGGGACACCGCACCCUCGCAGAGGCGUAAGGUCUCUACACACCCUGAUUCAGGGAGGGUUUCCGGUUUUGAAUCGGACAUUAACACAUCCAACACAAACGCAGCCAAUACGGCCGGAGACAACGACGAGCCCGUCGGAGAGAAUUCAGAAGCGUCACGGUUGGUGGAUUUCGAAAACAUGCCGCAAUUCAAAGAAACAGGGAAGGAGGCUUCCGAAGACGUACCACUUUUGGCAGAAGAAGGACCAGACGUAGACGUGGUUGAUACUUAUCCGGAGGACGAUGACAUUGUCGAACUCGUCGAUCUAGACGAAUCCGUCGACAGGAGCACGUUCAACAUGGAUUUGCUUUCUAACAGUGAAGUCGAAAAAUCUCAACAAAGAGCAGCCGCAAUGGAAAAUGAACUUUCACCUGAGUUUCAAAGGUCAGAGGAGGAACGGGAUUCAAACACUGUGUCCCCAAGCAGUAUGUCAGAUUCAAGUGAAGAUGACGAAGCCAUACUAAUAAGUGAAGAUGACGAAGCCAUACUAAUAAGUGACGAAAAGGAGUCUACUAGCACAAGCGUAAGUUCCUCGGUAGAUCUGCCCGUCAAGCGUACCAAGAAACCGGUUUUAUCUUUCCUCAACUUAAUAAAGAAACUGUUCUCCACACUACUGAAACUUGCCAUUUUUGCCAUCUUUCUCACAACUGUGUUGCUAGCCAUAUGGUAUAGAAACGAAAAAUUAUACACUGGUUUUUGUGGACAUGGAAUGGUUGCGCCGUCCCUUCAGGAGCUGGCCCCAAGUUACAAAUUUAUGGCACAUAUUGAUGAUCUCUUGAAAGGGUAUAAACCUCAUUGUAUUCCGUGCCCAGAGAAUGCAAUUUGCUAUCCGUACCUGAAAAUGAGGUGCAAGCCAGAGUACAGAUUGGAGCGGUCAAAACUGGCAUUCUUUGACCUGUUCCCGAUCCCUGAUAAGUGUGUCAAAGACAGCCAAAGAGAGAAACUGAUUGCGGAGGUGGUUAAGAAAUCAUUGGAGUUUUUAAGAGUGAAAAACGCCCAAAUAGAAUGUGGGGAGGGCAAUAACGACAUUGUGAGCGGAAUCUCAGAGGGAGACUUGUUCCAAAUCUUCGAAGAGGCUAAACCGUCCUUUUUGGAUAAUGAACAAUUCGAAGAACUCUGGGAAGAUGUCGUCUGUAAAUUGAAGAACGAACCCGAUAUUAUAUACAGGCAAGUGAGUGAUUUUGAAUUAUUUUCCACAGAGACAAUGAAGAACACGUUUACUAACAGAACCAAACAGUUACACGCCGCUGAAAAUGAAUUUACAAACGAAGUCGCCCAAAACAAUGGGGCCAAUGAGGUUCGUGAGAAAGAGAAAUCUGUUCAGCACAGAUACAGCUCUUUAAAGUCAAACUAUUUGAGAUCAUUUUCGAAGAAAUAUAUCAGCUUGAGAUGUCAAUUUGAGCAGGACUUUUACAGAACUUACCAAAGAUAUAGAUAUUUUAUCUGGGGAGCACUCGGUAUUAUUGCAGUUAUCAAGUAUAUUGAGCAUCGCUUAAAGGAACACUUCCGGGAGAAAAAGCUAGUAAAUGACCUUGUUGAGAGAGUUAUUGCGAAACUAAAGAAGAACAAGGAGGAGAACAAAGAAACUUCCUUUUUGAGUGCAGUCCAAUUGAGAGAUUCAUUUCUUUCUGGAGAGGGGAAUCUGAGGUAUAGAAAUAGUAUAUGGAACCGUGUGACUAAAGUGGUGGAGACUAAAAAUACAAACAUCAAAUCCGAUUUGAUUGAGGUACACGGCGAUAUUAUGAAAUGUUGGAAAUGGAUAGGAGAGACUACUCCAUUAUCCGAAAUGUCUAAAUAG